GAAAACAAUAGCGGGGUUGCAGAAUAAUUUAGUACGCGAGCAUAGGCGGGGUCUUGUACCCGGCAUGUUAUUCAACAUCAUACCCGACCUUACGGUAGAUGAUUGAAGCGAGAGGGUUCUCGGGCGUCUCCAGUGUUCGUCUCAUUUAUAUCGGACAGCAGUCACGAUCAGCCGAUAGGUUGUUAAGAAUUCAUCCUGUGUCUUAUCCGUACAACCUUCCACACUUCAUACCAGGACAACAGAAUGCCCGCUGCCGAUAACUCCAUCCAAGGCAAACUUGCUCUGAUUACCGGCGCUUCAGGAGGCAUCGGCGCGGCUUGUGCGAGAGCACUAUGGCUGCAGAACGUGAACCUCGCCCUGACCUACUCCAGCAGCGAAGACAAGAUCCUGGCUCUGGAGGAAGAGUUGUGGGCGCUCCGCAACAACCAUCAUCCAGAGGCUUCCAACCCGGUCAUCUCAACCCACAAGGUCGAUGUCGCAUCCGCUGAUGACAUACAGCGACUGUUCGCCAGCAUCAAGGAGCUGCAUGGAAAAGACGGCCCAGACAUCCUCGUCUCCAACGCUGGCUAUGGCAAGCGCAUCCCAGACAUUGCUGACAUUUCCAUCGACGAGUUCGACUACACCCUCAAGGUCAAUCUGCGCCCUGCUUUCAUCCUGUCCAAACUGAGCAUCCCGUACAUGGCCUCUCAGGGGUGGGGUCGCAUCAUAUUCGUGUCGUCGAUCGCCGCUCACGGCGGUGGCAUAAACGGAUGCCACUAUGCCGCUAGUAAAGCUGGCUUGCACGGUCUGAUGAAGAAUCUGGCAUUCAAGCACGCCAAAGACGGUAUAACGGUAAACGAUGUCGCCCCGGCCAUGAUUGGGGAGACCGGCAUGAUUCCCGAUGAAAAGAUUGUCGAGGACACGCCGGGCGAUGUGCGGAGAAUUCCCGUCGGGAGACUGGGCACGCCGCGCGAGGUGGCCAAUGUGGUGUUAAUGUUUUGCCAGACCGGUUAUCUAACAGGACAGAGUGUGCUGUUGAGUGGCGGACUGAAAUGAGCAGAUCUUAGUGGGAUAUGUUGUGGAGGAGUAUCUAUGCGACUUCGAGUGAGGUUUCAUGGUGAUGGAUGGUUGGUUGCCGAAGUGAGAUAGGUGUGGUUUAAGGGGUUUGUUUACUUGGCAGUGUUCCGGGUUGGGCGAAGUGAGUGUGGUGGUGGAAUAGCUGUUAUCCCCUAGGAAGACGACGGACGGCCAAUACCCCCCUCAUCGUCUAGAAUGCUCAUACAUGAUAUGACAACUAGGUAUGAAACUCGUUAUGCCCUUCUGCAGUCGCAGGAUCGUUUGCAUACCAUGGCGACUCCUGGCCGGCGCCUUCUCCAACAUGGAGAAUUCCAAGGAGAGUUCUGGGUAUGAUGUCCGAAAAUCGUUUAGUAGCACAUCUAUAAC